AUGGAUGAGAGCUACAUGUCUGAAGUCAAUGCAGAGUCUCUUCUGGUUCAUUCCAGGCUGGACAGCUAUGCCUGCCCUUUGGGACAGUUCCCCUGUGGCAACCUGUCUGUCUGUUUACCCCAGCUCCUGCACUGCAAUGGAGAGAAGGACUGCGACAACGGCGCCGACGAAGAGAACUGCGUGGAUAAUAGCGGGUGGCUGCAGAUCUUGGAUGACAUGCAGCAAACCAAGGGCAGCAGAGCCACUGAGGAAGAGGAGACCCCAGUCUGUGUGCUUGACCGGUUCCCAGAGGAAUGCCAGUGCCAGGGAAGGACGAUAGACUGCACCGGCCAGAACUUGCACACUGUCCCCUGGGUCUCCUCCAACGUGACGAAGCUGGUUCUGAAUAUUAAUAAAAUCCACUCACUGUGGGACAACCAGUUUAUCAUGUACAGAAGUCUGGAGAAGCUCCUCUUACAGCACAACGAAAUCCAGUCAAUACUGCCCCAUGCUUUUGCUGGACUUUCCAAGCUUAAAGUGCUGUUCCUGAGUCACAAUAACAUCACUGAGCUGAAGCCAAGAGUCUUCCAGGAUCUGCAUCAUCUUGAAUGGCUAAUGCUGGAUAACAACAGAAUUGCCAAGAUCCUCCCAGCGACUUUUGUGGGGUUGAAAUCUCUGUACUUUCUGUACAUGCUGAACAACUCCCUGAGUAGCAUGCCCAACACUUCCGUAUGUGCAGAGAUGCCGAAGCUCAGCUGGCUGGAGCUGGAAGGAAACCAGAUCCAUGCUCUGAGGAGCUCAGUGUUCCAGGAAUGCAGCACCUUCACUGUGCUGAUUCUGCGCAGAAACAAGAUCAAAUGGAUCCAGGAAGGGGCGUUUUCCAAACUGAACAGACUGGUGGAGCUUGACCUGUCUUACAAUAGACUGGAGGAGCUUCCACCAUCUUUAUUCAGUAACCUGCAUGACCUCCAGCAGCUGAAUAUUUCCUACAACCCCCUGAAGCAGAUCUUUGCCGACCAAUUUGACAGCCUGCCCCACCUGCGCUCUCUGAGUAUUGAAGGUCUGGAGAUCCCCAACAUCCAGACUCGCAUGUUCCAGAAACUCACCAAUCUGUCUCACAUCUACUUUAAGAAGUUCCAGUAUUGCAGCUACUCUCCGCACGUGCGCAGCUGCAAGCCCAACACCGACGGCAUCUCCUCCUUCGAGAACCUCCUGGCCAACAUCAUCCUCAGGGUCUUUGUCUGGGUCAUCGCGUGCAUCACCUGCUUUGGGAACCUCUUUGUCAUCUGCAUGAGGUCCUUCGUUGUCACAGAGAACAGCCAGCACACCAUGGCCAUCAAAUCGCUCUGCUGUGCAGACUGUCUGAUGGGAAUCUAUCUCUUCUUCAUUGGAGCCUUUGAUCUCAAGUUCUCCGGUGAGUACAACAAGCACGCCCAGGUGUGGAUGGCGAGCAUCCAGUGCCAGCUGGUGGGCAGCCUGGCCAUGCUGUCCUCGGAGGUGUCUGUCCUGCUGCUGACGUACAUGACCCUGGAGAAGUACCUCUGCAUCGUCUUCCCAUUCAGCCAUUAUGGGGCGGGCAAGAAGCGGACCCUCUCCAUGCUGGUCGUCAUCUGGCUGUUGGGCUUUUCUCUCACCCUCGUCCCCUUCUGGUGCAAGGAGACCUUUGGGGACUACUAUGGGAGGAACGGGGUGUGUUUCCCACUCCAGUCCGACGAGACCGAGCGACCAGGAGCCAGGGGCUACUCCACCGGGAUAUUUCUGGGUCUAAACCUCAUUGCCUUCAUCACCAUCGUGUUCGCCUACACCAGCAUGUUCUACUCCAUCCACACCACGGCCACCAAGACGGUCGAGCGCAGCGUCUUCUCCAGGGAAGUGGCCAUCGCCAAGAGAUUCUUCUUCAUCGUCUUCACUGACGCCCUCUGCUGGAUCCCCAUCUUCCUCCUGAAGCUUCUCUCCCUGCUGCAGGUGGAAAUACCAGGCACCGUGACGUCGUGGGUGGUCAUUUUCAUCCUGCCCAUCAAUAGUGCCUUGAACCCCAUCCUGUACACCAUCACCACCACCCCCUUCCAGGAGAAGCUCAAGCUGUGUUUGCAGAAGAAGCAGCUGCAGCAGUCGUCACUUCAGGACCCAGAAGAGUCCAGAAAGAGCUUUUCCCUGCUAUCCACACACACCAGCAGCACCUGA